GAAUGUGCAACCCAGAGAGCUACUCAGCACAGAAAUCACCAUGAAGGAUAUAUUUUCUCUUCUGAUCCUGAUGAAACUUGUUUCAUGUAUCAUUUGUCAGGUUACUCUGGACCAACCUGGCUCUGCAGUUGUGAAUCCAUCAGGAACCCUAAAACUUUCCUGUAAAGUCUCAGUGUCUGUAAGUAGUCAGCACUGGGCAUGGAUCUGGCAGGCUCCUGGGAAAGGACUGGAGUAUAUUGGGUAUUUAAACAUCGACAUGAGGUCUUUCCCAGCCCCCUCAUUUCAAAGUCGAGUCACUUUCACCAGGGACGCCUCAAAGAACGAGAUUCACUUACAAAUUACCAGUAUGAAAAGCGCAGACUCUGGGACAUAUUACUGUGCAAGAUACACAGACGGGGGUAGCAGGAUCCACUUUGACUACUGGGGACCAGGGACCAUGGUCACCGUCACUUCAGCUGUUACAUCGCCCCCAUCCCUUUUUCCGCUCAUUUCUUGUGGGGAGUCUAUGGACCCAGUCACCCUUGGUUGUUUGGCCAAAGGUUUCCUCCCUGACAGUAUAAGCUUCAGCUGGGAAGAUAAGUCCAAUACCAGUAUCUCCAAUGGCGUCAAGAGCUAUAGACCUGUGAUGCAAGCUUCCGGCACCUACUCAGCCAGCUCCCAAAUCAACGUUGAUUCUGCAACAUGGGAUAAAAGCAAACCAUUUUACUGUAAUGCUAAACACCUGGAAGUCACCAAGCGUGUGGAGAUCGGAAAAAUAGACUCUUUAAGAACACAGCCAGUUGUAACUAUUCACCCUCCAUCAAAGGAUGCCCUUGCUUUGAAUGAAAGUCUCUAUGUUGUGUGUCUUGCAACUGGUUUUAAUCCUAAAAGUAUAUCAGUUAAAUGGCUGCAGAAUGGCAAGCAGACAACAGAUGGUGUCACAGUUGAAGAGCCCACUGUAGACAAAAAUGGAGGAUAUGAGACAACAUCCUAUAUCUCCAUAACUAGAAAGGAAUGGGAUUUGGAAACAACAUACUCAUGUGUAGUUGAACAUGUUGAUUCGGGUUCCUUACAAGUGAAGAAUAUGAGCAAAUCACUUAUGUGCGACACCCAAACACCACAAACUAAUAUCAAAGUAAUCACUAUUCCACCAUCAUUAGAGAGCAUUUUUGAGAAAAAAUCUGCCACACUUACCUGCCUGGUUAGUAAUAUGGAUAAUUCUGAGGACCUGAGAUCAAUAUCAUGGUUUAAAAUAUCUGGGAAUAAAGAAGAACAAUUGAAAACAACACUAGGAAAUGACAUCUAUCAUGAUAACCGCACUUAUUCUAAAGAAGGAACCGCAACUGUCUGUGCUGAUGAGUGGAAUAAGGACAGUUUUGUCUGCAAAGUAGAACACACAGAGCUGGCUUCAGUAAAGGAGGUCUCUCUCUCUAAAGAAAAAGGAGCACCUUUAAUUUCACCAUCUGUAUAUGUUUUCCCACCCCCACAAGAGGAAUUGUCUCUAGGUGAAACUGCCACCUUGACAUGCUUGGUUAAAGGGUUCAGCCCCUCCGACAUAUUUGUAAAAUGGGUUCACAAAAAUGAGGAGGUUUCCAAGAACCAUUACACAAAUACCAACAUCAAUGAGGAACUCUCUUCUAAUGGAAGAAAGACCUUCUUUCUCUACAGUCUUUUCACCAUAGACAGUAGAAACUGGAAGGAUGGUGAUAGUUUUUCCUGCGUGGUUGGCCAUGAGUCUUUGCCACUACAGCUCACCCAAAGGAGCAUUGACAAGUCUUCUGGUAAACCUACUAACAUGAAUGUGUCCCUCGUCUUGUCUGAUACCUGUUAGUGAUCAUCUCCAAAGACCUUGUAACUCCAUCUCAUGUUCAUGUUCUUCCCUAAAUGGUGUAAUGGACAAGGAGGAGGGAGAAAUGUUGACGUUAUGUUUGUCUGUCUGUUCUUGUACAUUUCUUGUCUGCAAAAUUAAAAGUAGAAAUAAAAAUCAAUUUAUAAAA